AUGCCUGACGAUAGUGGAGAUACUGCUAGGCAAAUUAAUGCGUAUGAGAAGAAUGUGUUCGGUAAGUAUUUUGAGAAACGUGGUUACAGGAUUAAUUCCGUGAAAGGCAAGCAGACCGGUGAGUUGCAGGACAUGCCAUCUAUGAAUGGUAGGAAAAUUUAUGACGAUCUGCUCAGCGAUAAUAUUGGUUCAUCUGGCAAUAUAAGAACGACUGCUGCGUGGGUAGCGGAGAUUAGUGAACUCAAGAAAGCUAACAACAGGAAUCCUUAUCAAAUCAACGUCGUCGACAUUCUCCAUUACCUUUAUGAUUGUCUCAACCGUUACAACGAUGUAUGUCACCUGUCCGCAUUAACAUCGACGAAAAGACCAUGCAGCGUCUAUGAAAUGCUUCUAUGGCUCUCCGGUCUUCCGCAUCAUCCCGUCCAUACAGCCAUGCGAGAUGGGCGAAUCCUGGAAGUGAUAGACGAGAUCAAUGAAGCGGAAAAAGAGGAAGACGCAAAGAGAGACCAAGGAGAUACAACUGAGACGACCAGCGAAGAUGCCAUUACGCACAGUGUCGUCGACACCGAUUCCAUAUCUCUAGAAGCCUACCCGAGAAAGGCAUCAUAUGAACAUAUGCGAACGGCGGUGACGCACAUCUGCUCAACAUCAUACGACAUUCUCUGCACUAUAGCCGGCCACGGAGAUGAAUACACAGUGUACGCUAGCGAUUACUCCAAUAACUCCAUUAAGUUCCAUUACCCUGCUACAGGAGAGGACUGCCUUGACAUGUUCUUUGACAUCCUCCGAAGAAUGUUACCAACAUUGAGUUUCUUGAAAAGCCAAUGUGGCCUGACUGCUAAACACCACGGUUGGUCCGACUGCCAAUAUGGUGUCAAUGCCGCUCCAGCAAAAUGGCCAUGCGAGGAGCACUCAAGUGAAGAAGCAACGGGUCAGCCAACCAAGCAAGCAAAGUGCCAACCAACGUGCCGGGCAAAUACCGAUGUAAACUGCCAACCAACAUCGCCACUUAUGUCCUAUUUAAAUGAUUGUCUACCUGGUCAUUUGCCGCACCAGCUUACUAAAAUUGGAUGCAAAUAUGAGUGCGCUACUUGUCCGUCCACCUCUAGAAAAGGAAUGCCAUGUCAACCUCCACUUGGCUUCCGCGGUUUUUCUGGUAGUACGAGGAAAGGCAGGGACGUAUGCAAAGUGCUAACCAAGUUCCUAGAUAAUGUCGAUAUUUCAUGCUUAUUCACUCUAAUACCGAAGCCGCCCACCAGCCUACCUGAGCAUUUCGGAUUUGCGUUGUCGCUUGCGCAGUACAUCAACACUAAUAAGCCCUUAUAUGUUAGGAGUGACACAUUCUCGUAUGCUAUUGUGUCGUCCAUCGAAUCGCAAUCUAUCGAGCUUUAUAAGGAUCCAUACGCGCUCACAAAAUCCAUCGCUGAUGCAUACGGUUCCGACGCUAUUAGCCAUUCUAAAUGUGAAAGCUACCAUCUUCGAAAUCUUACGAUAAACGGCAUGUGUAAGCUAGGCGAAGACAGAAUUAACUGCGCAUCCUAUAUUUCAUCUCUGUGUAAUUAUUCUUAUGAAAUAGUCGCUUACAAACACGCCAACACCUACCUCUCCUGGGCCAUCUACCUCCCGUGGACGUUUUGGGAUUUACUUAACAGUCUCUACAACGCCUUCUGCUCCAUCAACUGCCAGGACUGGGGAUGCCGUGGAUGUCUCCGUGGUGAUAAGUGUAAGAAGGGGGAGCAUGGUGUUGUUAAUGAUGAGAAGCCAAAUAACAAAUGUCAGUGCUCUUCCAUUGUCGACUGCAAAGGCGUCGCACCAACGCUCUACCAGUAUGGUUUCGUCUUUGGUGAGGCGUCGACGUUGAAUGACAAGGCAUCGCCGAAGAAGUGCUCCGAUUUCUGUAGUCAAUUGAAGAAUGUGCUUGAAUCGCAGUAUUUCAAGAAGCUGUUCGAAGAAUGUGACAACUUCCUCUGGAUCAUCCGACAACCCUUCUCCUACCUCGUCCUUUCUCUCUGGCUCCUCUCCUUCCUCUACCUCAUCCACAUCAUGGUCAUCCGCCUCGACCUGCUCCACAUCAAAUCGCAUUUGCAUAGUCCGUCGAGUCAUAGGAUUGCUGCUCAAUCGCUACUUGCUGCUGCGCGUGUUAACAAGCUUAACAGAGUGUUUUACCUGCAACCAUAA